UUCUAUGCAACGCCAAGGCUGUAUAGGCGAUAGGCCAUACAUAAAAUUUAUUUCUAUCAUUUUCAGUCUUCACAUUUAAGUGUCUACGCUUCUAGUUAACUUUUAAUUUUCUAAGUUUAAGGUACCAAAGAAAUUCAAAAUGGUUAUGCCAGGAAUGACUAUAGAGAGCUUGAAAAAACAUAAGUCCUUAAUCCCAUUAUUUUUUUGUCUGGGUAUUGGUAUGGCGGGUGCUGGUUUUUACUUGACUCGACUGGCAAUGAAAAGCCCUGAAGUGACAUGGCACCCAAAGAAAAAUCAAGAGCCUUGGGAAGAAUAUAAACAAAAAACUUACAAAUUUUAUUCUACCAGCUCAGACCCUCCAGUAAGUCCAGCACCUAAAUAUUAGAAAUUCACUAAUCAACAUCAAUAUUGUUCGAUCAGUUAUAUAAAAUGAACAUAGUGUUAUGAAUCUUUUGUCGUGUUUUCUAUAUUAAAUAAAGAAUAAAUGUUAAAAUGUA